ACGUCAUUAAAGUGUCAAAUUUAAGGUUGUUGGUUUGGUUUGUUUGUAUCUUUCUAUCUAUUAAUUAGGUAGUGGGUUUUUAAGUUUUGUUUAAUGUUCGGACAUAAGUACCUAAUUGAUCUUAAGAAAUACGUAAUGCUGUGAUAAAUCGUCUUAUGUUGUUUGAGUUGAUACAAUAAUAAUACUGUGUUAGGUUAUAGCCGGUGGAACCGGCAAAGUAUUGCAUUGUUGUAAAACUUUGAGCAAUAAAAGUUUGUCUUUAGAUAUAAUAUUUUAGGAGUGAAAUUUAUUUUGAUAUUUUGGAAACUCCAAAAUGGAUGUAGCAGACACAUUUGCCACACAAAGCCAAGUCAAAGAUGAGGUUGGUGUGCGAUGCCAAAAACUAUUUCAGGAUUUUCUUGAAGAAUUCAAGGAAGAUAAUGAAAUUAAAUAUGAAAAACAAGCCAAAGAGUUGAUCAAACCUGAGUUGAGCACCCUAGAAGUCAGUUUUGAUGAUGUUGAAAAGUACAAUCAGAAUCUCGCCACAACAAUCAUUGAAGAAUAUUACCGCAUAUACCCAUUCCUAAACCAAGCAAUACUGAACUAUGUCUUGAGCCUUGCUGAGAGUCGGGAGAAAAAAGAUUUACAGGAUAAAGAAUGUUACAUAUCAUUUGUGGAUGUGCCGACUCGGCAUAAAGUGAGGGAGUUGACAACUGCCAAGAUUGGUACACUGAUCAGAAUCUCCGGGCAGAUUGUGAGGACACAUCCAGUGCAUCCCGAGCUGAUCUUGGGCACUUUUGUAUGUUUGGACUGCCAAACUGUUAUAAAAAAUGUUGAGCAACAAUUUAAGUACACAAUCCCCACCAUCUGCCGUAACCCGGUGUGUGCAAACCGUCGCCGGUUCAUGCUCGACGCCGACAAGUCUGUUUUCGUAGACUUCCAGAAGAUCCGCAUUCAGGAGACUCAAGCGGAACUGCCCAGGGGGUGUAUCCCUCGGUCACUUGAAGUCAUAUUAAGAGCCGAAGCUGUGGAGUCAGUGCAGGCGGGAGACCGUUACGACUUCACCGGCUCCCUGAUAGUGGUGCCGGACGUGGGGUCGCUGUCGUUCCCGGGGGCGAAGGCCGAGCUGACCACUCGCACGCGGCAGACCAACGACGGCCAGAUGGAGGGCAUCAAGGGGUUGAAGGCGCUGGGCGUCAGGGAACUACAUUAUAAAACGGCGUUCUUAGCGUGCAGUGUGCAAGCGAUAUCGCGCAGGUUCGGCACCGCUGAAAUGGCCACUGAUGACCUCACCACUGAGGAUAUGAGGAAACAAAUGACUGACAAGGAAUGGGACAAGGUGUACGAGAUGUCCAGAGACCGCAACCUGUACAACAACUUGAUAACAAGUUUGUUCCCGAGCAUACACGGCAAUAACGAGGUCAAGAGGGGCAUACUGCUGAUGCUGUUCGGAGGGGUCGCCAAGACCACGGUCGAAGGCACAACCCUCCGUGGAGAUAUAAACGUGUGCAUAGUAGGCGACCCCAGCACGGCCAAGUCGCAGCUGCUGAAGCAAGUGAGCGAGAUCACUCCCAGAGCUGUGUACACGAGCGGCAAGGCCUCGUCCGCGGCCGGCCUCACUGCCGCUGUCGUCAAGGACGAGGAGUCGUUCGACUUCGUGAUCGAGGCGGGAGCGCUGAUGCUGGCGGACAACGGCGUCUGCUGCAUCGACGAGUUCGACAAGAUGGACCCGGCCGACCAGGUCGCCAUACACGAGGCCAUGGAGCAGCAGACCAUAUCGAUCGCUAAGGCGGGCGUGCGGGCGACGCUGAACGCGCGCACGUCGAUCCUGGCGGCCGCCAACCCGCUGGGCGGCCGCUACGACCGCGCCAAGCCGCUGCAGCAGAACGUGAUGCUCAGCGCGCCCAUCAUGUCCCGCUUCGACCUCUUCUUCAUACUCAUCGACGAGACCAGCGAAAUGGUGGACUACGCCAUAGCGAGAAAAAUUGUGGAUUUACAUUGUAAUAAAGAGGAAACAUAUGACUGUGUGUAUUCGAGGGAAGAUUUACUGAGGUAUAUCGCGUUUGCCAGGUCGUUCAAGCCUAUUAUUACCGAGAGUGAUGACAUUCAGGAAGCGGGCAAGCUGCUAGUGGAGUACUACACAGUGCUGCGCGCGCGCGACGGCAGCGUCGCGUCGGGCGGGGCGUGGCGCAUCACGGUGCGGCAGCUGGAGUCCAUGCUGCGUCUCGCCGAGGCCAUGGCCAAGAUGCAUUGCAGCGGACACGUCACCAGGGAACACGUGCACGAGGCUUACAGAUUGUUGAACAAAUCCAUCAUCCGUGUGGAACAACCCGACAUCCACUUGGACGAGGACGAGCCUCAGUUGGAGCCCAGCAUGGACGUGGACCACGACCUGCCCAAUGGCACUAACGGCACUAAUGGAACUAAUGGGCACGAGAACGACGACUCCGCUCCGAAGAAGAAGCUGACGCUGUCGUUCGAGGAGUACAAGGCGCUCAGCGACAUGCUGGUGGUCUACAUGAGGAAGGAGGAGAACGAAGCUGAAAACGAAGGCACAGAAAGUUCUGGCAUGCGCAAGAGUGCGGUAGUGGGCUGGUACCUGGAGCAGCUGGUGGCGCAGGGACGCAUCGAGAGCGAGGACGAGCUGCUGGAGAGGAAGGCGCUGGUCGAGAAGGUCAUCGACCGCCUCAUGUACCACGAUCAAGUAAUAAUCCCGCUGUCGACCACCGGGCUCAAGGCCUCGCAGAAGUCUUCAGACCAGGAGAUAGAGGACGACCCGCUACUAGUGGUGCACCCCAACUAUGUCGUCGAUACAUGAUUGUCACUACAUUAGAUACUGUUUUGUUUAGUGUUAAGCUAAGUUUUUUUUUU